GUACGCACAGCUUUCCUGCCAGAUGAGCCUUUCGGGCCAGCGCCAGAGGCGCUGGGCCCUCCGGUGCUUUCCUUCGCCUCCAGCGCCUUUUGGGCACUGCCGCAUCUGCCGCUCCACGUGCUGAGAAAAAUGCUGGCGCCGCUGGGCCGGCCGGAGGCGGAGCAGCUGGCACGCGCGGUGCCCCCCUGGCUGCCCUUCCUCACCUUUGCCAAUCUCAUGGCCACUUGUGGCGAGGAGGGCUAUGCCUGGCGGGAUCCAGAGGCCCGGCCCUUGCUGGAGACCUUCUGCCAGCGGCAUUUGCAGGGGAGGGAGCUCAGCUUCAUCGACGGAGAGUGGCUGCCAGAAAUCCUCCGGGGCCUUUGUGACCGUGUGGCAAAGAUCUUCUUGGAGGAGUCCUUCAUGGACGGCCUCCUCGCCAGCUUGCUGUGGGCCUUCUCGGCCAAAGCCAUGCCCCAGGAGUGCCAGAAGGUGGUAUGGGGCGCUGAGGACCCCGCUCUGCUGCGGCUCUUGGACCGUGCGCUGCCCAGCUCCCAGCCGCUCUUCUGGCGCCUGGAGGACUACGCAGCGCCGGAGGCGAUGGGAUCACAGCUGGCCAGCGACGCCAGGACAUGGCCCAGGAUCAUCGCUGCCCGAGCGGCCGAGGCGCCCAAGCCAGCGCAGCUCCCCCCGCCUGUCGACUUGAAUGCGCUCGAGUAGCC